GGUAAACAGUUUAUUUGUAUUAUAAUAAUGGCUAGGAUCUCUAAUAGGGUAUUGCUUGGUUUUGAGGAUGAACCAAUUACAGAAAAAUAUAAAGACAUAAUCAAUUUUACCACCAAUAAAAUCGGUGGAAAACCGGAUUGGCCUGGUGAUGCACCAACUGCUGUGACUUGUAAAUUGUGCAGUUUAAAUUUGCCACUUGUUCUCCAAAUUUAUGCUCCUUUAGAUUAUUCGCCUUACCAUCGGACAUUAUAUAUAUUUGCUUGCAUUAAUCCUAAUUGCUGGAACCAGAAUGGAAGUUGGGUUUGUCUGAGAAGUCAACUUUUGGAUUCCCGAUCUGAGGCUUAUGGCAAUGUCCAGAAGUUGGAUUCUAACGAUAUAAAUGAUUGGUGCGGCGGCGGUGAUGACUGGGGAGAUGAAGAAAAUGGCAAUAUCAUAAAUGGCACGAACGACUUGAUGAAUGCUGAAGACUUAGCUCGAGGCAUUUCCGAUAUGGAGAUCUGUGCUGCCGAUGAAAAGAAUGCAAAUAGCUGUGGUUCCGGGGAAGGUGCCAUUGGUUUGGUUGCAAUGGCUACUGCUACCAUUGAAGGGGACGAGGGUGAAGUCGUUUGCAUUGACUCCCCGACUGCACCUCGUGUCAAUUUGAUCGCCGUUCUAGAGGAAACAGCACCUUUGCCCCAAGUUCCUGUAUCAAGGCUUGAAUUUUCACCAUUUUUCGUUAGUGUAAUCGAAGAAGAACUCUGUUAUGCUCCACCUCCAAGCCCCACUGAAAUGGACGUUGCCCUUCUUUCACACCAAAGAGAUGAUGAGAAUAUGGGAGAAGAAAAGUAUGAGAAAACUCUUCCUGCUCACGGUGACAAAAUGUUUUAUCAAUUAGUCACCAGGAUCCAGGCAAAUCCUGGACAAAUUUUGAGAUAUGGAGGUUUUCCUUUACCAUUGUACCAGAUGUCAGAGCGCCCUCGGACCUGUCGCAGUUGCGGUGGAGAUGUGACUUUCGAACUGCAGAUACUGCCGACACUCAUACCGAAACUGAGAUUACAGCAGUCAUCGGACACUCACCUAGAAUUUGGAUCCGUCUUCCUAUUUUCCUGCCGACAAUCCUGUUGGACUCCUCAAGACUCUUAUAAGGAAGAAGAGCUCGUCGUCCAGGCAGAAAGAAUUUAGAUUAAGUCAUUAAUAUCUGUUAAACUUUCAAUUAAAUAAUUAUUAAAUAGUUUUUUUUAGUAGGAACAGAUCAGAUAUAGAAUGGUACAAUUAUAUUCUUAGCAGAA